AUGGCCCUUCCCCCAGCCCCAGCCCAAUCCCACGCCCUCUCCAUCCCCGAAAUCUUCGUACUAAUCCUCCUCAACCUGGACACCCGCACCCUCCUCACAAAAGCAACCCGAAUCUGCCACGCCUGGUCCCAUUUCAUCAAUACCUCCCCGCCCAUCCAAUGGGCCCUAUUCUUCCGACCCCUCGACAAUGCAUUGAAUAAACCAAAUACCCAGAACCCACUGCUAGCAGAGACAUUCCCAUCAAUCUUCCAUCACUAUGGGUCUAGCAAUGGGGGAAAUACCAAUAAAAAGGACGACCCCGACACCGACACUACAAAUGAAAAAACCACCUCCAAUCUCACAUUCACCACAUUCGACAUGGUCAAGAACCCGCACAAAUGGGAUGCAUACAUCAGACCACAAGCCAGCUGGCGCCGUAUGUUGGUCCAGCAGCCGCCCGUGUAUACGCUGUCGCUGUUAAGAAGUAAUGUCGGGCAUGGCGGGCAGUAUUUGUAUAUUUAUGAGGCGUUGGACGAUCAAAAAGAACCAGCCGGUGGCCUGCGGAUGGAUAUCGUCUUUGAAGCACUCGUCUUCGGUGACAGGUGGGAUCAGGAUGAAUACUCCGCAACGGAGAUGGUCUGGGGACAGGAAUACCUUCCUAAACGGGUUCGCGGGGACCUGGGGCUCUUUGGUGUCCAGGAUCUGGACUUGGUGUUCUAUACUCGUCUGGGAGAGGCAUCUAGAGGUCGGGGUGGUUAUGCGUCAAGUCUAGAAUGUGAUGUGGUGAAGAAUGUUAAGGCGGCGUAUACUAGGCUGGGGAUGAAGCCGAAGUACUCGGAUGAGGCUUUUUUGAGGGGGCGGAAGUCCUGGGGUUCACUUUGGGAUUAG